ACGAUUUUUGAUAUGGCAAAUCCUUCACAUACAAAUUGUGUUGUACCAAAAGUGGGUAGUAAAUUGUGUUGUAACAAAAGUGGGUAGUUCUUAUGAUCAGGAUUCUGGGUAAAAGCAUAUUGGGGUCUAUAAAAUAUUAUAAAAACAGGGAUAUUACCAGAUAAUGUUAUUUAAAACACGAAAUAUUACUAGAUAAUGUUAUUUUAUAUUAGUUCCGUACACAAAAAAAUAAAUAUCCAAUGAAGAAGUAAGAUUUUGAUGUGUUUUUCUUCAUUUCAUACUGUCAAAAGAUAACGAUAUAUACAUGAAGGGCACCUGCAAGGCUGCCGUUCAUAGUUUUACAACAAUCGGAACGAUUUAUAGUUUUACAACAAUCGGAAUGGUUCAUAGUUUUACAACAAUCAGAACACUUAAGCCAUGGCCAAGUUGUUACGAUUGUCAGAGUUCCCACUUACUAUUUGUUUCAAGGUUAAACUUACCCCUUGGGUUCAAAAAUUGGGGGUAAAAUGCAAUUUUUUAGGGGUAUGAAAUAAAUAAAUAUUUAAAAAAAAAAUAUUGAAAAGUUACAUUAUAACAAAUUGUUUGUUUGUAUUGAAAUCACAACUUAACAACUAUUUCAAUCCCUGUCAAUCAAAGUCUAUUGUCUACAGGUUACAUUUCUGAACUGCCCUUUGGAUGACUUCAUCCACGUCUGUCCCAUGUUGUAUUUAUAAAUAGUCAAUUGUCAUCCUGUUUUCAACAUUUUUGACCAUGUGUAGAUUGGUUACAAUGUUUAGCAGCUUAUCAUUCAUUUUGCCAGACGUUAAAAGUUAUAACCCGUCUACAUUGUAAUGAUGUCACCGAGCAGAAUCUGCGGUUUAGCCGAUGGGACUGUAUAGUAUUUGUCAUGUCUAUUUAUACAACGGGAUGUGGGAUUCCAAUGAAAUUAAUAUUCGCCUCCAUGAUUUUCGGUUGCGCGAUCUCGUACCGGGUGAAAAAUGUAUGUGUGAUUUACGUAAUAUUUUACGUGAGUGGGAACUCUUGAUUGUAUUUAUGAGAUCUAUCUUGAAGCUUGCUGGAAAUGGACAAGUUUUACGCUUGGUAUAAUUGUUGUCACUGUCAGUCAAGUUUCCAUAAACAUAAACAUGUUGCUCUGUUUAAACAAGAUUUUGGGUUGAAGUAUUUUCUAUUGAGCUGUAAAAAUGUAAAAAAAAACUGUGCAGUUUCAAUAUUGCUGUUUAAUUGCUUAUUUUCAGAGAAAAAUAUUAGCUGUUCUAUUUAGAAGCUAUUUAAAAGCUUCAUUUUAACACAAACUACCGUAGUAUGAUUUAUCAAAUAAGGAUCAUAAUGGAAUUUCUAAAGAAGGUGGACGAAUACUUGGUAUUUGUUAAAAAUAUUUUAAUCCAAUAUUGUUGAUUUUAUAUAUGAUUUUUUCUUACUAAUUGAAACAAAAUUUUGGUGGUUUGUCGCACAGAGAAAUAAACCGUGUAAACAUCAGCUAACUAAAACAUUUUUGUGUGCUUUGGAUGGCAAGUUUGGUUAAUAGAAUAAGGCUUAAAUCACCUUCAUAUUGUUUUUAAUUAUUGCAACUUUUAUGAACAAAUACAGAAUUCAAUGGGAGUUUGGAUGCAUUUGGACAAAGAUGAAUCAGAAUCCACCUCCGAACCAGAAUCUAGAUGCUGAAAACAACAAUAACAACAAUGGACCUCCACGGAACACAAGAAGAGGACCAACCAACCCUCUCUUGAAUGUUCGAGACAGGCUGUUUCAUGCACUGUUUUACAGAAUUGCAUUGGCUUAUGCAAGAGCAUUUCCUAGACCUAUAAGACGGAUUAUAGAAUUUGCAAUAUUGUUGAAGGCCCUUAUAGUUUUAGGUAUUUUGGCAUAUAUUCACAUUGUGUUUGCUCGCACCCCAAUCAACUGCCUUCAACAUGUCCAGAAGUCCUGGCCGCGCACUGGCAUACUGAGAGUGGAGAUUGUCCGAAAUGCCUCAGACGACUACUCCAUUGUCAACUCGUAUGAAAAAGAAUAUUCAGGUCUGCAUGAUUUCAGUGCAGCAUACAUAGAGGGUCUACUAUCUGAGGUUGAAGAGAUAGAGAGAACACCUGCCAAGGAUGGGCAUGAGGCAGAGAUUAUCCAGCGGCUUGGCAAACCAAACUUUACUUAUAUACAUGUAAAUGGCCAACAAAAGCAGGCCCAGGAAAAGGGUGACACAUAUGAGGAAGAAGAAGUGGAGACUGAGACAGAACAUGUGGACUUUGCCAACACAUCAGCCAAUGUCAGUGAUGGGGAUAAGCCCCCAGUAGAGGAAAACAAUCAGCAGACUUUCGAGAUGAAGGAAACUCUCACUGAACUUGAAAUGCUGGCUAAAGUUGUUUGGCCAGAGGAAAAGUACAUAGUGGAGUAUGCUCUGGAGUACGGAUUUCUGAGGUUAUCUCCUAAAACCCGACAAAGGCUCAAUAUCACCGUCAUGCUGGUUACACUCGACCCAGAGCGAGAUGAGUGUUUCGGAGAUCCAUUCAGCCGGUUCCUUCUGGAUGAGUUCCUGGGAUAUGACGAUAUCCUCAUGUCCAGCAUCAAACAAUUGGCUGAACAGGAAGAUAAUAAAGGUUUUCUGCGGAAUGUUGUGACUGGCGAUCAUUACCGGUUCAUCAGUAUGUGGAUGGCUAGGAGUUCUUACGUGGCUGCUGCCUUCAUUAUGCUGGUCUUUACUGUAUCUGUGUCUACACUGCUGAGAUACUCCCAUCACCAGAUAUUUAUGUUCAUUGUGGACCUCCUACAGAUGUUGGAGAUGAAUGUAACCAUUGCCUUCCCUGCCGCGCCGCUUCUCACUGUCAUACUGGCACUUGUCGGUAUGGAGGCAAUUAUGUCCGAGUUUUUCAACGACACAACUACAGCUUUCUACAUUAUUCUGAUUGUAUGGAUAGCUGACCAGUAUGAUGCCAUAUGUUGUCACCAGAACAUCAGUAAGAGACAUUGGCUAAGGUAUUUCUACCUGUACCACUUUGCCUUCUACGCCUACCACUACCGUUUCAAUGGUCAGUACAGCGGCCUCGCUCUGUUCACUUCCUGGCUCUUCAUACAGCACUCUAUGGUGUACUUUUUCCACCACUACGAGUUACCAGCCAUUCUCCAGCAGGCGAGAGUACAGCAGAUUAUCAACAGAAACUCUGGUUUUGGCCAGGGGGCAAAUACGACCACUCCCUCUCCGGGGGGUCAAACCACCACCACAGGGACUGCAGACCCUCAGGGAGCGAAUAACCAAAAUGGUAGCCCAGGGGUUGGUAAUCAGAACCCUGUAGCCAACGGACACAUUAUUGCUGAAAUAGAAGAGAAUGUUGUGCAAAAUCGAAAUAUUUUGCAUAAUCAUUUAGAUCACGGAAUAUUGAAUGAGAUUUUCGAAGGUGUUGAUGAUGUAAGAGUGGAUGGUUUUAAUAUUGAUCAGCAACUCCUGAAUAAUUUAGAGGAAGAAAUUCAGGUCAUACAAAUGAAUCAUAAUAGAACAGUGCAAAACUCUGAAGAGUUGGAAAGUAAUGUUUCUGUGGAGGAAAGCAGUUCAAAUACUAAUUCCAAUUCUUAUUUUGAAAAUGGCCAGGAUCAAAGCAAUUUAAAUAAUAGUAAUACUAAUGACACUGACUGUAUUUCAAGUCAGUCCCAAAAUACUGAUAAAUUAGAAGCGAAUAGUGUGACACAGUCAACGUUGUGUGAUAAUGGCCAAUCAGAAACAAGGUUGCAGUCAGGAACAGAAAGUCCUGAACAUUCCAAUACUGAUGGUGCAAUAGGGGGAAACGAGGGAAAUUCUACCUCAACUGUUAGAUUUCGUGGUAACACAAGUGCUCAUCCUGUCACGCAAAGGACAGAUAUCAAUGAAGGUACAGAAGUGUGAUCAUAAGUGUUGUAAACAAACAGUUUUUUUUACACUGAACAUUAAUUUAUGUUCUGUUUUAAAAAUGCAACAACUGCUCCAUGUUGCUUAUGUUUUCUUCAAGUUGUGGAAAUGUUAAAUUUUGAGCCAGUGGAAUUAUCUGGAUAAACUACUUAACAAGUCAUGUAGCAAUUUUCAACAUUGUGAAUAUCAUUUGCAUGUACAUGAUUUGGUUUUAAUUGCUUUAUAGUUCCAAAAAUAUCUGGCUUGAAAUAGAAUGCAUACCCACACCAGGGUACUAUUAUUUUAUCUCCACUGACCUGAAAUCAGUGACUGUGUUCAUCUUACUUGUUCAAUGUUCAUCUAUUUGAUGCUUACAUGUAUUUAAAGUGUGUGUAAUCUUUAAGUUUGUUUUCUUGAAAGUCAAUGGGCAGAUUGUUCAGAAAUUUGUUAAAGCUUACAACGUGAUUUAUGACGUCGUGGUUAACUUUCAUUCUUGACUUAUUGGAUAAUGUGCUCACAUAUUUAGAUAUGAUCUUAAAAAGCUGUUUCAAAUCUUGUUAGAAAUACAGCAGAUCUCAAAUUAUCUCAAAUGUAUCCGUUGGACUCAUAGAGCAGUAACGAUUUGCAAGUUAAUAAAGAUGACUUGGAACAAUGUUGUUAUCUGUAACAAAGUUCUGAACAAUCGGCCAAAUAUGUAGGUGUAGAAACUGCAGCUACAUUACAAGAACAUUGUUUCGGAUUAUAAGAGAUGAAAAUCAAAUACAUUUUUUAUGAACUAAAAUAAAAUUAUUCAUAUGGAAAGAAAUGUUGUUAAAAUUACUUAUUAGGCCUUUUUUGCUAAAAAAGAUAUUAUAAUGAAACACGAUUAAUAUUAAAGAUAUUUUAACGUAUUUCCUUGCAAUUUUCAUUCAACCUCAUCACUUUUGAAAUGAUUUUGAUAUAAUAUAAUCUCUGUUAUAAAAUAUUGGAACAGACUCAUAUACCUUACAAAAUGGCCCAUUCAUAUUUCAUUCUGUAAAUUACUUUUACCUGAUCCUUUAAGGGGAAAAUUUAUCUAAAGCUUGUUUUUGCCACCACACAGGUGGUCCUUCUGGUAUUGUUAACAACUUUGCAUAAAAGUUGAUUUUUUUGCGUUUUAAAUAAAACAGUUUUUAUCUCAUUUAUCUGAAUCUUCGUCAGAAUAUUUGUUAGCAUGAUAUUUAAUCUUGACCAUUGUGAACAUGGUAAAAAAAACAAGGUCAAAUAUUCGGGAAUAAUAUGUUAAAGUUUCUUGUUCCUAUCACAAACUCAUUUGUGUUCAUCUAAUCAGGUCAAAUCACCAAAAAGAAAAUUUCUUUCAGAAAUUCAACAGUGUUUGACCAAUGUUCAUUAAACUCUGUCAGAAUUACCGUCAGCAUGAAAUUGAGAAUCAGCGUGAUUGUGGGUCAUUUAGGGUCAAAAGAAGGUCAGACCAGUGUGGAUAUGAAUGAGCAGCAUUUACUUUUCCCCUAUUAACAUACAUCCUGCUGCAAAAUUGGCAUUUGUCGAAAAGAAUAAUCAGGCUUUAAAUGUUUCAUCCUUGACCACUUGUUUUGCCUGUCAGAAAGUCAUGGUAAUGCCAUAACCUUGGUUAGUUUAUGUUGCCAGCAAGCAAAGAUUUAAAUGGUUGAAAAUCUAAAUGCAGUCAUUGACUUUAUUGCAUAAGACUGAAUGUAUACACCAUAGUUUGCAUCAAUAUUUUUAAUAAGUUCUGCUAUAUGAAAUUGAUAAUUUUUAGCAAAUUUUUACUAGUGCCAGGCUGGUGUUGGGCUUGUGCUAAUUUUGACCACUGCAGUAAUAAUGAAACUUAGUUCACGUUUUCUUGUAUGUGGCAGGUACAAUCUCUAGCAACAUGUAGAGAUCCGCCCCUUGGUUGAAAAAAUGUUGGCAUUCCAUUACAGUGCUCUUGAUUUCAUUUAAUGAUGAUGCAAUUGACAUGAUGCUUAAAUCAGCUUAGGACCAUCCUCGAUAAUAACCUACUUUGUGUGAAAAAAAAUAUAUUGAAUCAAAUUCAACAUGCAUUUGUUGGUCCAGGUUUAUCAUGUGACUAAUAAAUUUCAUUAAUUAAUUUGAAGGGGUGAAUAUGUAUAUUAAGGUGGUUUGCCAUCAUGUCAAUUUGGAAGGAACAUUUAUGUAUAUGAAUAUCAAGCUAAGAAAAACAUAAGUUUAAAUAUAUACUGCACACUUAUUAAUAGCAUGGCAAAUAUACACCACACAUGCUAGUCAAAGAAAUUUCACAAGUUAUCUAUACACUACAGCCAGUUAUUAUUAAAUGACUUUAUUUUAUUCAGUGAUUGAGUAUUAAUUAUAUGCUUUCCAGUGGUUUAUAGAAAUAUUGCUUUCCAAUGGUUUAUAGAAAUAUAUCAGUGAAAUAAAAAUAUAUUUCACUGCUUCAGUCAAUGAAAAUAUCAAUUUGAUAUUUUUCACUGUUCUGAAAUAUCAACCCAUUCUCACAUCCAGAUCAAACAUCAGCACCAACAAGACUAGGACACAAUUUUAACAACUUCAUCUCCGAAAUGACAUUCUUUUUGCAUACAAUUUGGCACGCUUUUCUGAAAAACUACAACAAAAUGACAUUUUAUAUCCUUUCUAGCAAAUUUUUUUUUUUUUGUUUUGUUAACUUCAGUGUAUGAAAUUUACCAGUAUUCUCUAUUUUAGAUAAUUAUCUAAAGUAGAGAAUGCUGGUAAAUUUCAUAAUGAAUGGUGCUCUUUUGCCAAAUAUUGCCUAAGUUUGGAUUUGAAAUAUUUGGUAUAAGUAUAGUUGAUGGGAUACUAAGUUUGUUCUAGGGUUAAGCAUUUAAUGUUCAUGCUGUAUUUGCUUGUUGUUUCAUCCAAUAUCAUAUUUGCACAAUUCGUAACAUGUUGGCUUUUUGCUUAUUUUAUGAAAUAUUUAAGUUUCUUAAUAUAAAGAUUAAUACAAAGAUGACUUUAUAUCAAUGUUGCUGGUACACCCCUCCAACAUGUUUGUUUACCUGUUAUGUAUAAAUACAUGACAUGAAAAUCCUGUCACAUGUCAUGUCUUUGACAUGAAAAUCCUGUCAUAUGUCUUGUCGACAACAUGAAAAUACUGUCUUUCAUAAAUCAUGUUUUAAAUUAGAUAAAUAUUAUCAUAGUUCAUGUUGUAUAGGCCAUUGCCAUUCCAGAAAUAAACAGAAAAUAUUC